AAUCAGAGUUGUUACUAUUAAAGUCAUGUGUCUUUACAGGAUGUGUGUUUGCUAAGACAACUUUGAACACAAGAGGGCAGUCUUUGCCUGUUAGGUAAAAGGUAAUGUGCAGCCACCAACACAACAGGGCGAUCUGGACUCAACUGUUGAAAUUAUUUUUGGUCAUUUUUGGAGACCACACACAUAUUAUAUAAUUUGCUAUAAACAUGCUCAUUUGUUAUCUUAGUAUACGCAUAUACUGUCUGACACAUUUGCAUUGAGUAUUAGGGGAAGUUACCACGGGUGGCUAUGAAAACAUGUAGCAUAAUCUGUGUAGUAGAGACGUGGGAAACAGCUGUAACCAUCUCCCUGUGCUUCCCAUGACUUAAUCUAUGAGGGCAUGAAGUCAUCCUGGACAGUCCACAGAGAGUGUGAGACCCUGGCUUUCAGUUCUAGUGUCUUGAGGGUUUUUACAGUAUGUUGCCAAUUGGUGAAUUUGAUUUGAUAAGAAGAGAGCAGGCCAUUAGAAAUGCACAAAUUAUGCUCCAGGCCCCUUCCUUCACUUUGUCUAGAGUCUUCUAUGUUGACUGUACUGGAUAAAAGUUCUUGAGAGGCCUGUUUAGUUUGGCAGGUUCUGUUAGGGGGCAGAGCUACUGUAUGCUCGCAUUCAGAGAGAAGGAGGCUGAUGCAAUCCCAGUGUAACUACAAAUAUUCCUCAGCUUUCAGUGUACCAUCAACCGUGACCACAUUUUGUGAGGUUUUCAACUGCCCACUAGCCACAGGCUGCCUCUCGCCCCUACUGCCUUUCUCUCCUACUUUUAAAGGUUUUUAUUUCUAAACAUAUCCCCCCAUAUAUUUGCAUUGCUUAAUGGCUUAAUGUGGUGCAGAAGCUGCCAUACAAACUUUUGUUCUCGUGAUGUGUCAGAGGAAGCUGACCCAUCUGGAAACACUGCACGAGUUGCUCAUCGUGAACAGAUCACAUGUCCUUAUAGCAUACUGUUUUCCAAGAGCUAAAGCUCUACAUAGACUUAAAUGGGUAAGAUACACACGAAAUAUCUCUGGAUAUUUCAUUGUAAACCAUUUGCCAGUGUUUAAGAAAUUAAGAGUUAUAAACUUAGCAUAGCUCACUACAAACAAGUUUUGACAGUGUAUGUCUUGUGCUCAAAAGCUUAUGCACAGACGUAGUGUUAUGAAUCAUGUAAUUGUGUAAAUCUUUUUCUCAGAGCUCGUUUCCCUCAGGACACCAAUGCUAACCACAAGGCAUUCUUUUAAAAGGCAGAGAGCUGCAUUCAACUCAAUGAAAAAAGGAACUCAUUCAGAUUUGGAACCACAUGAAGAAAUUCCUCUCUCAAGAGUUUGGCAUUUCCUCUGAGCUCACACACUGAGAGCCCGCUCUCCUGUUUCACACAGUGCUCACUUGCAACAAAAGCGGGGAUUUUCAAACAUCCUGAAUGAGAGGAAUCCUCUUGCCCUCGGCACACGCCGCAUCUGCAAAGAAACUUCACAGGGUGAACUUCCCCCUACACAACAGUUUUUGCUCGAGAGGACGGAAAGAACAUCAGCUUGGUCUUGUUUUCAGCAUCUGGGCGAGUGGUUCAACAUGGGCUAGCCCCAACUUUUCCCAUAAAGCUGGAGUGGGCUGGAAGAGAACAAGGAGGAGGAGGAUGAGCGUUUACACUCUCAACCUCAGGUUGUUCUGGCCGCUGGUCACUUGCGUCCUCACUGCUCUGCUGCUAUUGCACCAGUAUAUCUUCAGAGGAGCCGAGGACCAAGGGAAUGACUGCGCUGACCAGGGACCUGGAGCUGUCACGCUCUUCAAGUGCAUCCUAGCUUUUAUCUUAUGUUACUUCUUCAUAAAGUACUGUUCAGCUCAAACUGGCACUGCUAGGAGGGGCUUCCACAAAGUCCCGGAGGUCCACGGAAAAUCAGGAGUCUCCAAGAGAGAGCUACUGGACGAUCACUACGAGAGACAUGUGCGUCUUUCUCCACAUGUGCUGGGCCACAGCAAAGCCCAUGUUGCCAAGCUGGUGAGUGAACUUGUCAGAGUAGGUCGCACCGAUGUCCCGCCAGAGUCUUCUCUGGCCUUCCGCGGUGACUUCAUCCAAAUCGGCAGCUCCUAUGAGGAGCACAAGGUGGGCUCACCUGACUGCUUUGACAUCCUCGUGCCUCUGAGGGCACCUCGUGGGCUAAAACUGGAGGCUGGUGUUUGCACUGACAAACCUGGGGGGGCACCGCUUUGCACGCUAAACACACCUCGCAAGGCGGAGUGGACACGCCGUCACAAGGCCUUCGUGGACACGUUCAUGCACUUGCACAACGCUCAAAGGGUCUACAGGAUGAGCCCAGAUUCUGUCCAGCGCUGGUUUUACACAGCCACCCAGCGCUGCCUCGCUGCCAUCCGUUACCCAUUUGAGCAGCGUUGCUCCCUCAGCCUGUCUCUCAGUGAGGAGCAGCAGGUGCUCCUCCGCCUGACCCCUCGCUCCGAUUACGUCUGCUGCCACAUCUCCAUGGGCAUUCGUCUGAUCCCAGCCUUUCCUCUCGGCGAUGGUGCCUUCUUGGUAGCAUCCCGGCAGGGUCAGCGAGGAGAAGACCUUUGGACGGUGUAUUUUCCCAGACAGGAGCAGAGACUGCUGGCUUGGCUAAAAGGUAGACUGCCCCCCAACUCUUGUCACCUGAAGUGCCUUCAGCUCCUUAAAGAGGUUCGUAACCUCAGUGGGGAGACUCUGGACCAGCAGUCUGGAGCUGAGUGGGGAGGAGUGCUCUCGUCCUAUGCUUUGAAAACCGCUUGGCUUCGUCUGCUGCUCAGUACACCCCCUGAAUCCUGGGACGAGUGCAACCUUGUGGACCGGCUGGAUGAUCUUCUUCGCAGUCUGAGGGAGAGCCUACAGUCUCGGGCUCUCUGCCAUUUACUCCUCGGAGGAGUUAAUGGGUUUCUGCCAGACUCUGUCGUUCUGCCCAAACUUGUAAAGGAGACGGUACCCGCCAACCUUUGGGCAGAAUUCAGUGACGUUACCCUCGAUAUGGUCUCUGCCCGACUGGCCUACUCCUGGAACCACCUCCCUCGCCUAAUUCGCCUUGGGCGACCACAGAGGACCAGCCUUGGCAGAGGUGUCCGCUGCAAAUAUAUUGAUGCAGAGUAAAGGUCAACUAUAAAUGGUAUUGCUGAACACAAACAGAUGUUGGUCACUACAUCUUAAUUGUUUAUGUUUUCAGUAACUGAAAUAUUUUUAUGCAUCCAACUUUUCAAAAUUAAAUUAACUUAAGUUGGGGAUUUUUCCCCCCCAAAGGUAGCAGUCAAAGACAAGAAUGUAAAUAGUAGUACUAAGUAGGUACAGCAAUACUUUUUAUCAAAUCAGUCUUUGUGCUGUAUAAAUCGGUAACUAUAAUUGUAGGACAUACUUUAAAAAGCAAGGUCGUUCGAAUUUCAGUUCAUGUUGAUUUUCUACUCAUGCAAAUUUAUUUCUAGAGAAUCUGAUAUGUUAAAACUUUCUGUUUAAAAGAACAGUAACUCUUUUAUACAUUUAGCUCACUCCAGGCUUAAGUUUGGAGAUAAAACUUGGAGACUUGUGUUGACUCAGGGUGACCAUGAUGUCACGGUUCUAGGGUAGUGAGCAGUCAAAACAGCAUAAACACAAGUUUUUCCACACCCACACAGUAUUAGUAAUGCCAGCCUAAACAGAUGAACAUCCUGUUUUGCAGGGAAGAACUGCAGUGCGACCACUGUAAAAAUAUCUUGUGCAGAGACAUUUUGAUCAAGCAAUGUAAAAUUGAUAGCCUGAUCAUUGCAAAAUGCCUUACAGACCCAAAUAUAUCCUUUAUUUUGAACAAAUAAAUGAGUAAUGUUGUUUCAUAACUGUAGCAAUUUCAGUAUUGCUUAAUUGAUUGCAUUAAGCAUUCCGUCAAAGAGUGAAAUCAUAAUUGGUGCUCUAGUUCACCUCAGUCCAUUACCUUAAUUGGCCUUAUAAGAAUAAGGCACUGAUGGCAUGCCCUUUGCUUCAUUUCAUCUGACUUGUCUACAGGGACCCCAACAUGCGUGCACAUGAUCUUCUCCCUCAGAGACAUGCCACUACAGGCUGUCACUAUGGAGACACGCUAACUCAGCCCAGGGUCAUUUAUUCAUGCUGUAGCUUUAGUUUUAAUGGCUGAUUGCAUUGCAUUUACUUUCACAAAGGAAGCAGAGAUCUAUAUUGAUCUCUUGCAGGUACUGAGUGCCACAGGGUUAGUUUGUUAAUCCCUUCCUGUUUAUACCUCAUCCAUCAACCUGUUCUUGUUCAUGGUCAUGUAUGUCAGACAUAUCUUAGUUUCAUCAACUUCAGAGAGAAAAGAUUGUGGUACCAAAGCAAAAGUCUUUGAGGCUUAUUUUUGUCUGUUGCCUGAAAGCAGAACAGAAAAUGAAAUAAGGAAAUGAAACAGGGCACAAUCUGAAAGCAAUGCUUAAAUGUGGUCCAAAACCAGUGAUAUAAAAUACAGAGUAACUAAUGUUGAAUGUAUUUGUAUAUGAAUGUAUAUGUCAUUUAAUAUGUAUAUUUGGUACUGUAUGUGAAUGUAAGUUGAUUGUAAAGCACAUUGUACUUGAUGUACAUAAUAGAGAAAAACAAUCUGUGUA